GCUAGGAGGGCAGCAGAAGUAGAAGGGACGCUUCACCAUGGAAAAUGAAGUCAAGAAAGGGAAAAAGGGUCCCCUCCUAAGGCUGAUGUUCCCAAAGGCUGCCCGCCGAGCAGGAGCAGCCACUCGGAGCAGUGUGAGCCGCCGGCCCCUGCACUCCAUGCCCCUCUAUCCCCCUGACUACCUCAUCGACCCCCAGAUUCUGCUGUGUGACUACCUGGAGAAAGAGGUCAAGGAGCCCUCACAAGAGAAUGAAGAGCCCCGAGGAGUGACCAGAGCAGGAAGCUUUUAUGCCUCUUUGACAAAGAAACAAUAACUGUGUGAAGAAUUGACAAGGCAGAGGGUUUCGGGCUAGGGCUAGGAAAGGGUGAGGAAGUAACCAGGUUCGUUUAUAGAGCCUUCUCGGGCCUAAAUCAUGUCUGCCUUCCUCCUGGUGCAGAGGGGGCACCUCUCACACAGAUUUAUCUCCUGCUUUCAGGGGAGGGGAGGUCAGAAAGUUCUCUCAAACUCCUUUGGC